UCCAACAUGGAGUCCAAAGUAGAAGUUUUAGAGGCAAUGUUCCAAAAAGCAGAAUCUGAUUUGAAUUUUCUGUCGCGAAAGUUGGAUUUUGAAUUUGACCAGAACAAUGAAGAAAAUAAGACCAAUCCUUCUCAAAUGCUUCAGAAAAUUGCUGACAUAAAGAAGGAAUUCUCAUCCAUUGUUCAGGAAGCUGCAGCCAUUCAAGAAGCACAGAAAGAAGCUGUGUCCCAGUUUCAAUCUCAACUUCUUGCUGCAUGUCAGCUUUUGCAAAAAGUACAAGAACAAGGGAGUUUAGAGUCAGAGGAGAAGCCAGAAGAGUUGGUGAAAUUAGAAGAGUUACUGGGCAUCAACCUGCCUCAUUAUCAGUCUGACACAACAGCAACCAGUUCACAGCAGGAAGUCAACCAAUCACAGACAGACAGUAGCAACCUGACCUUUACCCUCAAUACCAAAAGUGCAGAGGAAACAGAGAGUCAGACAAAGGAAACCUUGUCUCCUGCAGAAAGGCGGUCACAGUCCAGUGAAUUUAUAGAAUUGUCCGAGGAAGAAUUUGAAUCUGUACCGUCACAUGUUAAAGGGAGGGUCAAGCUCUCAGAUGUCAAUAUGACCUACAGGGUGUUGUGGAGACAUUUUAAAGAAGAAGAAAACAGCAAUCCUUUAGGACCUUCUGAGAUGUAUAAAAUAGGGUUAAAGGUAUCUGGUGCUACAGGAGAAGCAAAACUCAAGGUUCUGCGAGCUCUAAAGCUAUGUACAAUCUCCAACAAAAUGGAAGUUAAGUUGGUUUGACAAAAUCAUUCAUUGGAUUAAGAACGGGCCAAUGUACUUGGAAAAAGUAACUCCAAGUUAUGCAGAGAAAUGGAAAUAGACCAUCAUAGUUAACAGUGUAAGAAACUCUUAAAUAGAGCAGAAGAAGUGGUAUACCAGACCUCUGAAGUUGGAUUGGAACUUUUCAGGAGACGCUUUGUUCUGUGUAUAUUUCAGGACACACUGUCCCCAUGGUAUUCAAGGAAAGUCAUGGAAAUUAACGGUUAUACUUGCUCUUCAGAGCAAGGGACUGAAAUGGGCUUUUCUGAUCCAAGUAUUAUCUGGCAUUCGUGUACAUUUGUAUACAGGUCUCUUUUGUUAUCUCUGAUUUGAAUCUUUUGAAGGUUAUUGAUUUCUUGACUUCCCAGUCCAUAAAGAAGACAGUUCUUUUAACUACAAUUUAAGAUUAUCAUUUCCAGAUUGACUACCUUGGCUGUGUUCAUUUUUGUAAGUGGGGCCUAAAAAUAUAUAGUACUUGUUUAAUUGAUGAAGACUUUAUAAAUUGAAAUUUUUUUUUUUUGAGUUAUGUAUAUUUUAGGGAUGUCAUGUAGAAUACUCGACUAUUACAGGCAAUUUGACUGAAACAUUUUUUUUCACUCAAUUAGUCUUUGAAAGUAUAUUUAAGUCAAACUGUUACAAAUUUUAGCAGGUAGAGCUACAAUCAGCCAGAUGCAAAGGUCAUGUUAGGUCAAGGUCAUGUGUUUAGAGCCAGUAAUUAUUUGGGGGGAUAUAUUUUAUCAAUAAACAUUUAAAUGUGCAAUAUCAUUACAUCAAAAUGUGUAAAUAGUGCUUAUUAGUAACUACUUUUUUGUUUUAUUACUUUAAGAACAGGCAUUGAACUUGUAUAUUUAGUUUAAACUUACUAACAUGUUAUAUACAUAUACGCAUGUAUGUUAUGCAGCAUUUUGUAAUGUCAGAA